AUGGUCCACAUCAAAGAGUUCGCCGUGGAGCAAUGGAUGGACAGAUUUGAAACUAUAGCCAAGUACAAUGUGGCAGAGACAUGUUGUGCUUCAAUCUCGGUCAACGAUCUCCGGGAGCUUUCGGAGGACAAGUCCGACCCCUUGGACUUUUCGACUAAGCUCACCUAUGGCGCAAUUCGUGGGUCGGAACGACUCCGGGGGAACCUGGCCGAGCUAUAUUCGAUCCAGACGCCCCUGCCACUGGAGAAUGUCUUAAUCACCGCCGGCGCCAUUCAGGCCAACUUUCUUCUGCUGUACUCCUUAGUCGGCCCAGGAGAUCAUGUCAUCUGCCACUAUCCCACAUAUCAGCAGCUUUACUCGGUCCCAGCGUCGCUCGGGGCCGAGGUGAGUCUGUGGAAGUCGAAAGAGACGGAUGGCUGGAAGUUGGAUACCAGUGAACUGAAGAGACUUAUCCGUCCCAAUACAAAGCUCAUCAUCCUCAAUAACCCCCAGAACCCCACCGGAGCUGUGAUACCUCAAGCGACAUUGAACGAUAUCGUUGAGAUUGCGCGGAAGUCGUCCAUCAUCAUUCAUGCGGAUGAAGUUUAUCGACCGAUAUUCCAUUCAAUCAGCCCAGAGGACGACCAGUUCCCAUCAUCCCUCUUAUCCCUAGGCUACGAACAUACGGUAGUGACGGGCUCCAUGUCCAAGGCAUAUAGUUUGGCGGGACUCCGUGUUGGAUGGAUUGUAUCUCGCGAUCGCUCGAUCAUUGAGACAUGCGCCAACGCCAGAGACUACACAACCAUCUCUGUCGGCCACUUGGACGACGCCAUUGCGGGCUACGCUUUAUCUCCAGCUUGUGAGACCAACCUCGUCGAGAGAAACCUUGAACUAGCCCGACGGAACCUAGCAAUCUUGGAGAAGUUUAUCGAGACUCAUCGGUGGGCAUGUGACUGGGUCAAGCCACGAGCGGGUACGACGGCAUUUGUGCGCUUUAGCAACAUGGGGAAUCCGGUUGAUGAUGUAGUAUUUUGCGAGAGACUCCUGGACAAGGUUGGAGUGAUGUUUGUCCCUGGAAGUUUAUGUUUUGGGGAAGGCGAGGAUUUCAAGGGCUAUGUCCGGAUCGGGUUUGUGUGCGAGACCGAGGUGCUGGAGCAAGCCAUGGAGGCGCUGCGAUCGUUCAUGGACGAAGAAUACAAGAAUGUGCCGGUGUAUCUCCCUAUCCCUCUCACCAUCGCCGGCCCGGCGGUGGUAGCCACGCUCGCAUAUCUCAAUGCGAAAUUUUCUCUAUCCUACGAUAAGCAUAUGAUAUUGUCAAUGCUCAAUACUGGCAGCAAUGCCAAGUCGGCCAUGCGUCGUGAUGAAGUCAAUCACUUCUAUGUGUUGGAGAAGCACGCCCGCGAUCCGAAAAUCAAGGACCGGCCGUUCCUUGUCUACGAUGGACGCAGCUGGACGUUCCACGAGACAUACGUGCUGGUGCUACAGUAUGGCGUCUGGCUCAAACAAGUCCACGGAGUCAAGCCCCGGGAAGUCGUCGCCAUGGACUUUAUGAACUCCGCGACAUUUGUUUUCGUCUGGUUCGGUCUGUGGAGCAUUGGGGCCGCGCCUGCUUUUAUCAAUUACAACCUGACUGGAAAACCUUUGACACAUUCGAUACAGGCAUCGACUGCACGGCUGCUACUCGUUGAGGAGGAACUUCGCCAGCAUUUCUCCUCAGAACAAUUGGAGAUGUUUGCUGCGCCUGACUUCCGAGACGGAAAGGGCCCUGUAGAGCUAAUCUUUUUCACCCCAGAGGUCGAGGCGCAGAUCCUACAGAUGGAGCCCACGCGAGAGGAUAACACGGCUCGGGGCGGAAUUCAACUACGCGACAUGGCCGUGCUGAUCUACACGAGUGGGACUACUGGUCUUCCCAAGCCCGCCAUUCUCCCUUGGAGGAAGGUCUGGGCCAGUGGUGUACUCAUGCAUAACUGGCUGAAUCUGACCAAAGAUGACCGGUUGUUCACAUGCAUGCCUCUCUAUCACUCAUCCGCGGCCAUAAUAGGCGUCAUAUCGUGUUUAUGGACAGGGGCAGCUGUGAUUAUUGGGCGCAAAUUCUCGUCCCGGAAAUUCUGGCCUGAAGCCCGGGAGGCCGAUGCGACGAUCGUUCAGUACGUGGGCGAGACCAUGCGAUAUCUCCUAGCAGUGCCGCCCUCAAUUGAUCCCAUCACAGGGGAAGAUCUGGACAAGAAACAUAGGGUUCGACUGGCCUUGGGAAACGGCCUGCGCCCGGACAUCUGGAACCGUGUAAAGGAACGUUACAACAUUCCUACGAUUGCCGAGCUCUACGCUUCUACCGAAGGAACAGGCGGAUUAUUCAACCUCUCGUCCAACGACUUUUCCGCCGGAGCAAUCGGCCGCAACGGGGCGCUUACCAGUAUGAUCAUCGGUCGUGGUAUCGCUAUCGUCGAAGUCGAUCAAGAAUCGCAGGAACCCUGGCGGGAUUCCAAGACAGGAUUCUGCAAGAAGGUCCCGUGGGGCGAGCCGGGUGAACUGCUGCAUGCGCUCAACCCCCAGGAUCCGGGGGAAACCUUUGGCGGUUAUUACCAGAACACCAAGGCCACCGAGAGCAAGAUCCUUCGUGAUGUGUUGCGCAAAGGCGACGUCUACUAUCGAUCUGGUGACCUGGUCCGGUGGGACAAGGAAGGUCGUUGGUACUUCUCCGACCGUCUUGGUGACACGUUCCGAUGGAAGAGUGAGAACGUGUCGACUAGCGAGGUGGCCGAGGUCAUGGGCGUGCAUCCGGCUGUGCACGAAGCCAAUGUCUAUGGGGUCGCAUUGCCAAACCAUGAUGGCCGUGCUGGUUGUGCGGCCAUUGUUUUCCAGCAGCAGACGCGGGCUGAGGACCAGUCUGUGGUGCUUCCCCCGUCCAAUGAAAUUCUCAACAGUCUGGCAGCACAUGUGCUAAAGAAUCUUCCCCGUUUUGCUGCUCCCCAGUUCUUACGCGUCAUGGCGGAGAUGGAAGGGACGGGGAACAACAAGCAGCAGAAGCAUGUUCUUCGAACACAGGGAGUGGAUCCUUCGCUGGUGGCCGCAAACGAUAGGAUGUACUGGCUCCAGGGGAACCAGUAUGUUCCGUUUGAGGGGAAGGAUUGGAAUCGACUGCAGGCUGGAAAAGCCAGGCUGUAG